UUUACAGUAAUUCCGGAAGAAUUCUGAAUGAUGGAAUUUAUUGAGUUCAAUCAUGGCGGAUCAAAUUGAAAAUGAGAAGAAAAAGCUUAUUUCGUCUUUGAUGAGAAAGAUUCCUGACUUUCCCAAACCUGGAAUACUAUUUUGGUAAGAUAUUCUUUGCACUGCGCUUUGUAUUACUGUAAUGUUGUAUUUGUAUAAAUUUCAUUGCACUUCCACGCCAUGUCAGAUUGUCAGCUCGACCAGUGAGAUGAUAUGUCUUGCACUUCGUCUUCGGUACCGGUAGCAUUAAAUUAAACAUGUUCUAUGACGUCUAUCAGUGCUGUUGUUUCUCAAGACUGCUCAAUGUUUUCACUAAGUCUUGCCCAAUCAGGCUUUUCAAUGUUGGUCAUGCUAUUAGAACUGUUCUAUUUAGUGCUGCCAGGUGGGCGGGGGGGAUCCGGAGUAGCCUUAUUUUCAGUAAAAAGUACUAUGAAACCUAUUUCGCAUGUGAUAAGAUAAACCAUUUCAUUUUCAGACAAAUGAUUUUCAUAAUAGAACCACAAUAAUUUCAUUAAAGCGAUUGAAAAAUAUGACAAUCUUUCUGUCAAGUUGACGUCUCUGUUUUCAGAUUCGAUCAUGGCUACUCUUUAUCAUGCGAAAUGUUCUGUGUUGGUCUCCAGAGAAACCAGACAAGCUAAAAAUGUCUAAAUUGUUUUUAUUAACUUGUUUAAUGUCAGUGAAGAAUGGCAUUGAAUAUUUUUUCGAUUGCUCUAACCAUUCUGAAAUUAUUGCAGUUUUGUUAUGAAAAUCAUCUGCCUCUUUCAGAUUCGAAAAUGAAAAUGAAAUUACAAAUCUGAAAAUAAGAUUGUUUGUCUCCUUGUCUAUUUAGCCCUUAACCCUUUGAGUGACAAUGCACCCAGAUGCGUCCUACUUUAUUAUUUUACUUUGUCUAACGCCAGACGAUUUUAUUCAUCAGGGGGAGAGUGCUGCCACUAAAUGGGUUAAUUAUAACAUGGGUUGCGUAUCACAUCAGCUUUUUUGCUUCCAGUUGAUGAGGUAGCAAAUUUACAGUUUAAUUUUCUAUAGGGAUAUUUGUCCGCUUUUAAAACAUCCUGAAGCUUUUUCAGCAGCUAUUGAUCUCUUGACCAGUCACAUUAAAGACACAUACCCAAAUGUCGAGUUGAUUGUUGGUAGGUUUAUUGUAAUAUGCUGUUUCAAUUAUUGUUAACAUAAUCCUAAUAAAGCUUGAAGUAAAAUACAUGAGCAACAUUAUAGUAUGUCAUCAAUAUUUGAAUAUUAGAUUAGAUAUGAAAUUGAGCAAAAUUUUACAUUUAUUAUUAAACUUUACUUUCAGAAAACUAAACUCAUUGUGUCCCGUCAUAGGUCUUGAUGCCCGAGGUUUUCUGUUUGGUCCAGGAAUCGCUAUAAAACUUGGUGUAGGGUUUGUCCCUGUCAGAAAACAAGGCAAGCUGCCUGGAGAGACUGUCUCUAUCCCAUGUGAGAAAGAAUAUGGCAAGGUAUUACUUCCACUCAAAUCAUUUACAAGAAUAUGUUGCUGCAUUUUUAUUGAGGGUUAGGUAUAGUUACACCACCCCCCUCUUGCAAUUUUCAGCAUUCUUCUCUUGCCUGAAGACAUAUCGUCAUAUAUGCAAAUUAACGAGAAAAUAUCCAUAACUUCCUCACAGAGGAAAUUGGAAGUUGCCCCCUACCCCCUUUGGGUGUUGUAACACAUUAAGAAAUUUCCUCCUUUGGGGGGGGGGGGAUCUUUUCCGGAAUGACCCAUAAUGUCCAUCAAUGAAUCAUGUCAGUCUUAAGAUUGAUUUCUACAGGAUAUGUUAGAGAUGCAAAAAGAUGCAAUUGCUUCUGGACAAAAAGUUGUCAUUGUUGAUGAUUUGCUGGCAACUGGAGGUAAUUGCUGACCAAUACACACUUCUGGAAAGUAUGGCACCUUGGCUAUAGAACCUUGUUUGUUUUCGUGAUUGAGAAGUUGAGUCCCCCCCAGUUCCGGCGUCCCUGCCUGAACCAUCAAAAUAAGUAUAUGUACAGUACAUAUCUAUUAUUAUUAUUAUUAUUUUAAAUAACAAUAACAACAGAAGACACAACAGUCAACAACUAGACCACCAAGUUAGAAAUCAAAGGCAGGCUAUUUUCAAGAAGGCAGAUUCAUAGUAUUGAGCCUGUAUUGAGUCAUUGUUAGGCUGUUGCGGUAUUUGAAAAAAAACGAAAACCAAUACCGGAAAAAAAACCCCGAUAUAUCGAUAUUUCUUCGCGAUUGUAUUUUGAUUAAUUUUAUGCAAAAGUUUCUGUUUUCAAAAGAUGCCAAACAGCCACGAUAUAACCCGACUCCUCGGGUGCGUUAUAUUUUCAAUAAAGUGUGAGGCCAGUGAUCAAUAGCCUGUGAAAUGUUCGCUUUAGGAAUUGAAAAUGCAUAUUACUUAUUACUUAUUAGCACUGAUUUAGAUCUCGCUCUAACCUUAAUUUACGGAUUUUACAGCAGAGUUAGCACAUUGAUCGUCUUUGUCCUUCUGAAAUAACUCAGUGCUUGAAAAAGCUUGAUAUGACGUUUAAAUAUACAAACGUAAACGUGAUAUCGAUAAUACCGAAAAAUAUCGAUAUUCCGAUAUAUCGAAAAUUUCAAUAUCGAGUAAUCGGUAUUUAUAAAAAACCGAUAAUUAUCGGUAUAUCGAUAUACCGCAACAGCCUAGUCAUAGUAUUGUUUGAAAUUUUAUGAUAUCCACUUGAGGACACAAGUCAUUCAGAUUGGUAUCCAAAACCAAAUUUUAUAGUAUUCUGUGGAUAUCGAGAUACUGCAUUAAGGUUACAGAACACCUUUGAGUGUUAAUUUUGCCUAAAAUUUUUUAUUGGUUUCAAUGAAAGCAUUAGACUAGUUCUACUAUCUGACCAAGUUUGAACGAAAAAUGUUGAAAACUCACAGAGUUAUUUAAUAAAAUACAUUUCGCUGCAAUAAGAAAAACAUUGAAAAUGUAAUAUUCAAAUUCAAUUUUCUCCCGAAAAAGUUUACGGUAAUUACCGAUUUUCAAACGAGUUGUGCUCCUGCGGGUUUUAACCAAUUUUUCUCAAAUUUUCACAGGACAUAGCUAAAGACGUCAGUUUCAUAAUUGUGUUCGGCUUUUUUUUAAUUUUGGAUAUUUUAAAAAUAAAGAGCAAUUCACUCAAACAAUUCAGAAAUAUAUUGCAGUCGUCAAAGAAAUCGCCAUAUCAGCGGAAUGACAAAAUAAACAAAAAUUUCCGAACACAAUUUUUGAGAUCAACUAUUUUGCUGUAUAAAAAUGAUAUUUUCAUAAAUAUAACUUAAAACCAGCAGGAGCACAACUCAAAAGCGUAAAGGUACCGCGAUUUAAGAUUUUCCUGAAUAAUUCUUACAUUAUUUUAUUGCUUGUUAAUUUUACAACUUUACCAUAUUUUGCAUGCACUGGAGAACAUUUGGUGAAAAUUUGGUGAAAAUCGGACUGAUAUUGAGCGCGCAGUAGCGAUUUUCCGCAAAACGCCAAAAAGGGUGUCCUGUAACCUUAAGGCACUCUGUUGUAUUCUGUCUGACUGUAUUCUCUCAUUAAGGCACUUUGUUGACAAGUUGUAAGUUAGUGGAACAACAAGAAGGGAUCGUACUAGGAUGCGUUGUUUUAUUUGAACUGACUGAACUAAAUGGAGCUGGACGAUUACCUGUCAAGUGCUUCUCACUAUUACAAAGUUGAAACUUUGUCUGAGGUAAAAAUUAUUUUAAAGAAUUUGUAUAAUUUUACUAUAUGGGAACUCAAUUAUUUCAUCCAAUCAUAUUCACAUGAUUGAAAUAGUGUGGCAUAUACUUUGCUGAAAGAUUUAAUAUACGCAAUUUUGAUAAAUUAAAUGAAAUUACUAUGACACAAUUAUAAUGGUCACUAUGACUGUGCCUUAUAACUUAGAGAACAUUGGGCACUGAAAAUGAACAAUUUUAACUAAUAUUAGUCAAUAUAUUACCUAAGUAUUGCAAUGAUUAAAAUGUGAUGUGGUUGGACAGAAAUGAUUAAAUUAACCUUAAAUUAACAGAAAUUAAACUUAAAUGCGCAUGCUUUAAAAUUUUACUGCAAUGUAAAGUAAUUAACUCUUUAUAUAUACUAUAAUCCACAAACUUGUGCACGAGUUUAACUUCAUAGUUUAAGAAUGCCAGAAUCCCUGGGUACGAGGUUGUCACUCACUCAGUAAAAUUCAUUGACCAGUCACUAACAUUUUUAGUUUUAUUUAACUGUACACAUAUUUUUUACAUACAUACAUGCUCAUGUUAACCGUAAGUUAACAAAGUGUUAAGGCGAAUUUCCAGCCCUUGCACGAAGCUCCUCGCAGUUCGCUACGAGUGCUUGCAUCUAAUUAAAAUUAACUGUUUAGCAUUGUGAUUGGUUGAAAGUGCUCAUGCACGCACUCGCUGCGAGCUGCGAGGAGCUUCGUGCGAGGACUGAAAAUCCGCCUUUACUUUCCUGUGAUUAUGUUAUAAAUUCGUUUUUCCUUAGGAAUAUAAUUUUUUUCUUCUUUUCCAGAAAGGAUUUACUUCCUUUUAUAUAUAAUGUGCUGUCUUAAAACUUGACACAAGUGCACAAACUACAAUAUAUGUAUACGUACACUGGAAUUUUUUUCAAAAUCCUUACUAUUGAAAUAGUUUGGAAAUCCAAUUUUCAUACUAAUUGCAAUUUCCACACUGUAUGGAAAUAGCAUGGAUAUACUAUGGAUUUACUGAUUUAGUCGGAUGCAACAUCGCAAAUUCCAU